CAUAUUUCAUCUUGUUGGUCCAGCGACAAUUCUUCUCCGUCAUCUGCACGAGCCCCUUCGGCAACCACAUUUACUGGUUUCUUGGUUUUUAUUCAUUGCGUUUUUCCUUUGAAAGGAAGAAAAGUAUCUAACUGGGCGUAUUAAUGAUAAUUACGUGCAAAGCGAUUGCGGAAUAUAGCUAUGAUGAACGGAGCCAACGGCCAUUAUGGCCAGCCAAACCCUUGGCAGGAAUAUAAAAGUCCUGAUGGACGCGUUUAUUACUAUAAUUCAAUCACCAAAGUGACCCAAUGGACCAAACCAGAAGAAUUAAUGUCGCCUGCGGAGCGCGCUUUGGCGAACCAACCAUGGAAGGAAUACACAGCCGAAGGUGGGCGCAAGUACUGGUAUAAUACCGAGACGAAGCAGAGUUCUUGGGAGAUGCCCGAGGUUUACAGAAAGGCUCUAGGCCACGAUGCUACGCCUUCGACACCUGUGUCGGCUACCCCAUAUGCUCCUCCUAAUUCAUUUUCGAAUUCCAACUACGAUCACCACCGCGAUCAUCAUCGCGAUCACCGAGAGAGUUUUCCCGAGUCCCGUCAGUUGACUCACGGUAGUAGUGACUUGCGUGUUCAGGCAUUUGUUCCCGCCAGCAACGAACCCGAAUAUGCGACCCCCGAGGAGGCCGAGGCCGCUUUCAUGAAGUUGCUACGUCGCAGCGGUGUACAGCCCGAUUGGACCUGGGAACAGACCAUGCGGGCUACCAUUAAAGACCCCCAGUACCGCGCUAUCAAGGAUCCUAAAGAUAGGAAAGCCGCUUUUGAGAAGUACUGUCAAGAUAUGAUUGUUCAAGAUAAGGAGCGCGCAAAGGAUAGGUUGUCAAAACUUCGUGCUGACUUCGCUACUAUGCUCAAGAGUCACCCCGAGAUUAAGCAUUAUACGCGCUGGAAGACUGCUCGUCCCAUCAUCGAGCGCGAAACAAUUUUCCGCUCCACUAAUGACGAGGAAGAACGACGUCAAUUGUUCGAGGACUAUAUAGCAGAGCUGAAGAAGACCCAUGUGGAGAGCCAGGCCAGUCUCAGGAAGAGUGCAAUGGAUGGCCUCAUCGAUCUUCUCCCCAAGCUCAACCUGGAGCCCUACACACGCUGGUCCGAAGCUCAGAAUAUCCUCAAAGCUACUGCUCCUUUCCAGAAUGACGAGAAGUACAAAGCUCUCAACAACUUUGAUAUCCUGACUGCCUUUCAAAAUCAUAUCAAAUCUUUGGAACGAAGUUUUAACGAGACUCGCCAGAACCAGAGGAACAAAAAGCUCCGUGUCGAACGAAAGAGACGAGAUGCGUUCAUAGAUUUGCUUCAGGAGCUCCGUAGAGCCGGCAAGAUCAAGGCGGGAACUAAAUGGAGCCAAAUAUAUCCUUUGAUCGAAAACGAUGAGCGGUUCAAGUCAAUUUGCGGUCAGGCUGGGUCAAGCCCUCUUGACUUGUUCUGGGAUAUCGUUGAGGAAGAGGAACGUGCUCUUCGUACGACCCGGAACGAUGUGCUCGAUGUCAUGGAUGACAACCGCUUUGAGUUUACCCCCAAGACCACCUUCGAAGAGUUCUCUUCUGUACUCAAGAAUGAUCGACGCACUGCUAACAUUGAUGGUGAUAUAUUAAUGCUGAUAUUCGAACGGCUCCAAGAGAAGAAGUCCAAACGGUCUGACGAGGACAAACACUCCGAAAGGCAGCAGAGAAGGGCUGUCGAUGAUCUCCGGUCCUAUAUUAAACAUAUAGACCCGCCAAUCACUGCGGACGAUACCUGGGAAAAGGUCCGGCCGCGUCUUGCCCGCGCACCAGAAUUCCAAGCAGUGAAAUCCGAAGAUUCCCGCCGGGGCGCAUUUGAGAAGGUCCUUCGUCGAAUCCGUGAUCGAGAGGAUGAAGAUAGAGAUCGCCAUAAGCGCCGUGACAGAUCCAUUGAUCGUAGUAUCUACCGUGAUAGGGAUAGAGGUGAUCGUUCUCAUCAUAGCGAUCGCGCACGGCCGUCGCGCCAUAGCCGCAGCCCGGAGCCGGAUGCAUAUGAGGCAGACCGCCGCAAAGCUAUCGCCGAGCGCGAGAAGAAUUAUCGUAAGUCUAGCAUGGCUGAGAGUUUGUUAUCUGACCGUCGGCCUUCGGAUUCUUACCGAGACCGUGACGUCCGGGACCGUGAUCGAGACCGUGAGCGCGAACGCGAACGCGAACGGGAUCGUGAACGGGAUCGUGAUCGCGAGCGAGACCGAGAUCGGGAUAGGGACUAUGCGCCUCGGUCUCGACGCGACGACCCACCGAGCCAUUAUGAUAGAGAAAGACGGGAUCGCGAGGAAGAACGCGAGCGGCAGUACCGGCGUCGCGUCGAGAGAGGCCCUGUUGAAGAACUUCCUUACGGUGAUGAACGACCAACCUCGUCUCGACGUCGCCGAGCUGAUGAUGGCGACGAUCUUGAUCGUCGCGAAUCUAGAGAUUCUAAGAGGUUGAGAAGAGAGAGAACACCCCGUGAGCGUUCCCCCCAUCGUGAUGCUCGUCCUAAAACUAGGACUCCGCCUGUAGUUCAACCCCCUUCCAAAGACGAUACUGGUGUACACUCCGGUAGCGAAGAGGGUGAAAUUGAAGAAGACUAGGCUUUUUGAUCGAUCUGCACAAAUAUACCUAUCUUUCAUAUUACCCCGUCACCUCCUAAUUGAUUUAUUCGCCAAGCCCCAGCAAUAACGUCAGGCCAACAUUUAGAUGGCUGAGACCCGGUUCUCCACAUGUCCGCAGUACUUACCUUGCCCGAGCGUCCACAACAAGGAUACGGGCUACGCAAGCCAUAGUUUUAACCGCCAAGGCUUACUAUGAAAUCUAUAAAGUACGUGUCAAUCUCCGACUACGUUCUUUCUGGGGCUUUGAUGAUUUGGGACACAUGGAAACAGCUCGGAACCAAUCAAACCACGCACCAGUCGCACAUUCACUCGCCUUUCCUCACAAAUAUCGUCGUGGAUAAAAUUAGAAGGAAAAGCAAAAGAAGGAAGAAAACCCACACAUCUCCUUGUACGUUCAUUUAUAACGUCGAAUUUCGUCGUUAUACAUUUCUAUACGCGUCCAGAGGUUUCUCACACUUCCGCAGGACUUCAUACGGGAGACAGUGAAAACAUAGGAAAAGAGAAUAUGGCGGCCCGGCUCUCGGAACCGGAUUACCAAAACAAAAACAAAACAAAAACAAAAACGCUCUUCUUUGAAAUACGUUAUCUCGGUGUGUAUCUUUCCCCCCUCUACCCUAAUAGAGAAAAAUCGGACUUUUAGUAAAUAGCGUAAUAAUCCCGAUUUUAUCUAUAAUAUUGUUUUUGUUGUUGUUGCUCA